AUGCAUUCCAUUCUUCUCUUUUUACCUACUCUCCUCUAUCUGUUCUCAAUUUUUUCCUCUGCAACUCUCAUCCCUUUUCAAUCUAACAACUCAAUCCUAGACUUUGGAAGGAUAAUAGAAGAAAACCCUAGUGCAAUCUUCAACCCAAAAUCACCCCAAGAAAUCUCCCUACUCAUUGCAUCCAUCUUCUCCAAAAACAAUAUGAACCUACAAAUAGCACCAAGAGGAGCUGCUCAUUCCACCUACGGCCAAUCACAAGCCUUAGGUGGCAUCAUUAUCAACAUGACUCUCCUCCCCACCAUGAUUAGGGUUGAGAAAGAGUUCGUCGACGUUAGCGGUGGCGUUCUGUGGAUCGAGGUGUUGAAGGAGACAUUGAAGUAUGGAGUGAGUCCAAGAUCAUGGACUGAUUAUUUGUAUCUCACCAUUGGAGGGACUCUUUCUGUUGGUGGUAUCAGUGGCCAGUCAUUCAAGUAUGGACCUCAGAUUUCAAAUGUUUUGGAGUUGGAUGUGAUCACAGGCAAAGGAGAGUUCGUAACAUGCUCUGAAGAGAAAGAUUCAGAACUUUUCUAUGGCGUAUUGGGAGGAUUUGGACAGCUUGGAAUCAUAACAAGAGCAAGAAUCAUGUUACAGCCCGCACCCAAAAUGGUGAAAUGGGUCGUAAAAUCCUACAAAGACUUCGAAGGGUUCAGGAAAGAUCAAGAGUUUCUGAUUCAUUGGGGGGAGGUAGACUACCUUGAAGGAUUCAUUGAUUUGCAGAAAAGAAAUACCUCGCAGCAUAAAUUAAACGAUGAUGUCUCCUAUUCCAUCGAAUUUGCCGUAUAUUACGACGACGAAGACGUCGCGCAAAAGAGACUGAAGGAGAUCUUCCGAAAAUUGAGGUAUAGGGAAUCAACGGCCGAGAUUACAAAUACUUCCUACUUUGAAUUCCUCAACCGGGUAAGGAAGUCGGAGCUGGAGCUAAGGAAGGAGGGGCUGUGGGAGGUGCCUCAUCCAUGGCUUAACGUCUUCGUUCCAAGAACUCAGAUAAGGAGGUUUAAGAACUUGUUGCUGAAAGCCAUUGCAGAUACAUACAAUUCAGGCCCUAUCAUUAUUUAUCCAAUGUUUCGGCACAAAUGGAAUCGCAAGAUGUCAGCUGUGCUGCCACAGGUUGAUACUGAGGAUGAUAUCGUAUAUGUUGUUAGUGUUCUUCAGUCAGCACCACCAACCUGUACUCGCGGCACUCCCUGCCUUGAUGCCAUGCUUAUUCAGAACCAGAAGAUCAUCAAUAUCGCCACGUCUGAACCCAAAGUUCGCCAUCUUCUUCCUGCAGACUUUGGAGGAAAUGGCGAUAGGGGAGGGAUGGGUGCAAAACAAUACAUGCCAUAUCUUCAGAAUGAGAAGCAAUGGAAAGCUCACUUUGGUUGGAAAUGGCAGAGCUUCCAGGAUCGGAAGUUUGAUCCCUUGCAUUGUCUGGCACCUGGUCAGAGGAUCUUUCGAAGAAAAUGA